CUCGGCAGCGAUGCGCGCGCGCUAGGGCCGGCGCGGGCCCGCGGGAGCUGCCGGAGCGUCGCCGGGCGUCGGCGCCCCCGGGACGCCGGGCUGCAGAUCCUGCUGCUGGUGGUAUUUCUCCAUCCUUGUGCACGUGGAAUUCAGUAACAAGCUCAGGACCAGCCCUUCCGUGCAUGGAGGUCCUGAAUGACUAUCGUGCAGUCAGGAUGAGUAAGAGAUACUUACAGAAAGCAACAAAAGGAAAACUGCUGAUGAUCAUAUUUAUUGUAACCUUGUGGGGGAAAGUUGUAUCCAGUGCAAACCAUCAUAAAGCUCACCAUGUUAAAACGGGCACCUGCGAGGUGGUGGCACUCCACAGAUGCUGUAAUAAGAACAAGAUAGAAGAGCGGUCGCAGACAGUCAAGUGCUCCUGCUUCCCGGGGCAGGUGGCAGGCACCACGCGCGCGGCUCCCUCGUGUGUGGACGCUUCAAUAGUGGAACAGAAAUGGUGGUGUCAUAUGCAACCAUGUCUUGAGGGAGAGGAAUGUAAAGUUCUUCCAGAUCGGAAAGGAUGGAGCUGUUCCUCUGGGAAUAAAGUGAAAACAACUAGGGUAACCCAUUAACCAAGGAGACAUCAAGUGCUCCUUAAGGCUGAUUACAUUGAACCUAAGCAUAGGAACAUAGCUCACGAGGUGAUCUUGCAGGAAAAUUUUUAUACAGCUCAGAAGAGGCACUCCGGAGCCUGUUGUUUCCGGGGGAUUUCAUGGCUCGUAAUCAGCUUCUUCUUGGAAUCAAGACUUUUACAAAGUCGGACAUGAACUUCCAUAUCAUGACGAUACCCUCAGAUGUGAACUGUGUUCAGCAUGUAUCAUUGCACUUGCGGAAAGGAUUUGAAGCUGCUGUCUGAAGAGCUGGCGUUUCCGGAUGGUGUCAGGGACACUUACCUUUUGGGCUCUUGGCUCCCAGUGUGACUGCUUUUCUUGUUUCUGAGAGUCUCCCAAGUGCACUGCCUCCUGUCCUGGCCCUGGCCCUGGGUCCUGUGUUCAGGGGCGAGGACGGCACGCGGCUUCAGUGACGUUUCCUUUGUGAACGUCUCCUCUGGCAUGGUGUCGACUGAGACAAUUUAUUUGUAUCCUAAUCUUGGAGCUCUGGAAGCCUACAUGUUUUAACAUCUUAACGUUGCUUUUGUCAAAGGAAUGGAAAUGUAUAUCCAUUGAUAAUAAUUAUUGUUGGCAAGUAAUAGUUAUCUGAAUACAUCCAUCAUAUAAGAAUGUAUAGACAGGCUGACACGUUUCCCCAAGGCUAACACGCUGCUGCAGCUCUCUGUCAGUUAAACAGGUAGUAGUUAGAACUGAAUCACCAUUUUCAUUAUAUAUGCCUAUCUGGUACCUCUAGAGUACUCUCCCUUUCCGUUUUUCCUUUUAUUUUUAAGUGGGCUUUUUCUUUCGUGUUUAUCUUUACUUUUCCCCAUCACAGAAAUCAGCAGCGGGCAGUCAAGUAUUUAGGUAACCUUCAGUUUCAAAAAAUUGCCAGGGAUGCAUGUGGGUUUUGGUUUCUUAGCUUGAAAGUUAUUCACUUAGGUUUCUUCUAGCAUUUUAUUAAAACUGUCCUUUCUGUCAUUUUAGAAAGACUGUCUCUUGCUCGAUCCCAAUGACUGUUUGAAUGCCUAUCUGUUUAUUCAGUCUGUUGGUAGAAUAAAUUGUUCUUUUCCUUGGUCUCAAAUUUAUAAAUAUUUGCUUAUAGUUGCCCCAUUCAAACAAUUUCUUAGGUCAGUUUUUGUCCACGUUUUUUUGUAGUCCUUUUAACGUUCGUGGUUUUCAAUCCUACGGGAAAAUCUUAUAACUAUGUUCAAGGCCUUAAACACAUAUGGACUUUUUCCCUAAGUUAUUCACAGAAUGUAUCAUUUUAUACCACAUUUAUUUUGUUUCAUUUGUGAUGUGGGGGGAGAGAGGAGUGGAAACUGCAGAGCUGUUCUGUGGUGACGUAUGUAAACGUAUGGUCUGAAGGAAGGUGAAGGGAGAGGCUCCCGUGUUUUACUCACCUUAGACUAACAGGACGAGACUUCAGAAACUGUCCCAUCAGAAGUUCCUUCAUAUCAGAGAAGGUGUGGACGUCUUUUGUGUUUUUAAAGCUCACUGACGUGGCCGCUUAGGUAUAUGCUGAUUUCCGUGAUGGAGGCUGACACACAGACCAAAGCCCUCCAGGGUAAGUCGGUAACAACUUUCAAAGACCAACAGGUCACCCAGAAUCUUUUCUCGGCAGAAUGCCUGCAAGUGUAAAAUUUGUUAACUGUCGAAUUUGUAAAGUAUGCCUUUGAUGUGGAACUAAAGUAUGCUGUCCCACAAGUCCCUGGAAUGAAGUGACUUCCUCCCGUCUCUGAUAUGCAUAGGGUUAGAUGGCUCUGAGAGAAUCCUGCGAUGGUUCAGACCGUCCGAACUCAUGAAGGAAGGAGUAACAGUUGUGCUAGAGUUUCUGCAUCAGUGAUAAUGUCAUUAAUUUCUUUUGAACAAAGUGGAAAGCUGUGUUAUUUUGGAAAUUAUGAAUUUGUCCUGGGUUUGAAAUUAUAGAUCAUGCCUCUCAUUUUUUUAAACUGUGUCCUUUAAAACAACACUGGAAAUUCUGUAUUAUAUUCACAAGUAAUACGUGCAUAUCAAUAGAAAAAAUAAAUGGAAUUUCAAAUAUACGAACUAGAUUAUCCCCAGUAGA